CUGCGGCAGUAUGACCGCAUCCCACAACAUCGUAUCGUCAACUAUCGGAACAUUCAACACAUGUAUAGUCAUUUCAUUGCGUAAAAGUAGCCAAAAAUUUCGAAAUCCCAAAUUAACAUAGAACGCCGGUGAGGUCCGUGCGCUGUGCCCCGAGCCCGCCCCUCUCCAAAUCCGAGCAGCAAACGCCGACAUGGCAUCGGAGCACGAGGAAUCCGACGCGGAGCUGGACGAGAACUACUAUACGUUCUUGAAUCUUCCCCGGGAUGCCACUGCGGAGCAGAUCAACACGGCGUACCGGAAACAGAGCCGCAUCUUCCAUCCGGACAAGCAUUUGGAGCCGGAGAGCAAGCAGAAGGCCGAGGUCAUGUUCAACCGCACCAAGCGGGCCUACGAGGUGCUCUCGGAUCCCCAGCAGCGGGCCAUCUACGAUUCGGUGGGCGAGAAGGGUCUGCGCACCGAGGGCUGGGAGAUCCUCCACCGGACAAAGACCCCAGCCGAGAUUCGCGAGGAGUACGAGCGUCUGGCCCAGGCUGCGGCGGAGAGACGCCUCCAGCAGCGCACGAAUCCGCGUGGCAACAUCACCAUCAACGUGAAUGCCACCGAGAUCUUUGCCCCGUACGAUGACUCCGAAAUGCCGCGCGUGGAGAUCGGUUCCAUGAGCAUUGCCCAGUCCAUCGAGGCGCCCAUCACGCGCAAGGACAUGAUCAUCAUGAGUGGCAAUCUGUACUCCUCCAAUGGCAAUGGCAGCGGUGGCUUCGUGGUGGCCGGACGAAGGCUACUCAACAAGGGUUGGCUGGAACUGUGCGCCGGAGCGGGAAACGGCUUCCUCCUGGGUCUCAAGGGUGGCCGCACUCUUAGCCAAAAGCUGACGCUGAACGGAGGCACUAACCUGAACUUCCGGGACCACGGCGUCAUACCCGCUCUGUUCUCCACGCUGGCCGUCCAGCUGGACAAGCACACGAUGGGCAGCUUGACGCUGAACGCCGGUCCGCAGUCCUCCAUGUCCACGCAGAUCGAUCACUCCAAGGAGACGUACUCGCUGAGCUCGUCCCUGGUGAUUGGCACGCCGCAUGUGUACUUUGGGCUCUCCUACACUCGCAAAAUGAUGGAGAACGAACUAAAACUAAAGCUGGCGGCCAAGGUUGGAACCUUUGGCUUUAUGGGCGAGUAUGGCGUGGAGAAGAAGGUUUCCAAGUACAGCUCUGUGACAGCGACGGUUUCGAUUGGCGUGCCCUCGGGAGUCAUACUAAAAUUCAAAAUACUACGUUCAAAUCAAUCGUACGUGUUUCCUAUUCAUCUAAGCGAUGAAAUAGUGCCCGCAGCGGUAUUCUACGCCUCGGUGACCCCGGUGAUUGCAUGGUUCUUCAUCAAGAAAACCGUGAUGGACCCCAUGGAGGCGGAGCGCAAGAGCAUUGAGGUGGAGCGGACGAAGAGGCAAAACGAGCAGAGGCUCUCGGCCAAGCGGAAUGAGGCUAGUGCCGCCAUCCACCUGAUGCAGGCGACGUACAAUAGGAUAAUGACCGAGGAGCUGGCGAGGACGGGUCUAAUAGUCACGCGAGCCGUUUACGGCUGCACGGCGGAGGGCGGCAGCCAAUUUAAGCCGGAACAAUCUUUAGAUGUCACGGUGCCCAUUCAAUGUAUGGUUAAAGACGGAACCCUGCAUCUGCACGACUCUUCGAAGAGCGACCUGCCUGGCUUCUAUGAUCCCAGCAUCGGGGAUGACAAGAUUCUGCGCAUAGAGUACACCUACCAAAACCAGUUCAAAGUGAUCAACGUCAAGGACAACGAGGCGCUGCGACUGCCAUUGCCAGGAUAGUGGCACUGCAAUUAGUUUAAAUCUUCAGUUGUGUUUGUAACUUGUUUUUAUUCUUGAUAGAAAAGACCCAUUCCCAGGACUUGGGGGCAAAUAUUUCCCCUACUUACAAUACCACUCUGUAACUCGCUAUUUAUGGGAUACUCACGAGAUCCGAACAGCGCAAUAAAUCACAAAACUAAGAAAUA